CUUAAAACAGAAGUACACAGCCAGAAUCUGGUGCAUACCCGGAUAAACCGUCGACACCAACGUACCGUGGAAAGCGCGUACAGUUAACAUCGCUAUGGAAGACCUAACCAAAGACCAAUUAGCUCUUCUGAAGAAAGCCUUCGACGCUUUCGAUCAUGAGAAGAAGGGUUGCAUCGGUACCGAUAUGGUGGGUACGAUAUUGACCAUGUUGGGCCACGAGCUCAGCGAAAGCACGUUACAGGAAAUCAUCAUGGAAGUAGACGAAGAUGGCUCCGGAGAACUCGAGUUCGAGGAGUUUUGCACGUUGGCUGCUAGAUUCUUAGUAGAAGAGGACCAGGAAGCAAUGCAGCAGGAAUUACGCGAGGCAUUCCGAUUGUAUGACAAAGAGGGAAACGGCUAUAUAACCACCGCCGUGUUUCGCGACAUUCUUCACGAACUCGAUGACAAACUAUCGCCGGAGGAACUCGACCUGAUGAUUGAGGAAAUCGACGCCGACGGUUCAGGGACCCUUGACUUUGACGAGUUUAUGGAAGUCAUGUCGGGCGGCGGCGACUAAGACGAGCAGAACUGAUAAUGAAGAUGGGCGCACCAAGGCCGGGAUUCGCCAUGCAAUUGGCAACACCCGCAUGAGUGCGUUCCUUCUUCAUCGCCUUCAACGUACGCUUCUGCAAACUACUAAACUAUAGCCGAGUGGAAAAUUAGGCGUUUACGAUCAUCCGUGGUAUCGUUGGUGGACGGUUGGCGGCUUUCAUCAUCUGAGAUAAAGACCGGCAAAGACUUCCAGGCGCUUUCGAUCGACGCCAGAAGCAGUGAAAAUGGAAUCGCCUUCGGAACACCUUGAUAAAUCGGAACAGCGCCCAGCGCGAAUAAAGUGGCAGCGAUGCAAAUUUCAUCGUCGCGGCGAAACGGGUACACGGGCAAAGCUCCGAGGCAAUUAUCCCUAAUCGCUGAUUACGUUCGCGUGGAAAGUUAUAAUUUUCCCGUCGCACGAAUAUCACCGGGAUUUCAUUCCGUGAGUUUACGCGUGAAAGUAUCGAGAGGCUUGGUAAUUACAUAAAUCGUGUGCGAUAAAUUAUUAAGUAUCUCGUGUGUCUGCGCAGAUACCGCGUGCUCUUUAACGCGCGAAUGCGGCGAACGCCUGGACGAUAUUUGCCCUGUGCGCAAAGUAGCGCACCACAUUCAAGUGCGCAAGGCGCUUUCUUCAUAAAGUCUCCGCAUCAAUCGCGUCACCGUGAUACAUGCCCUGUGUUUUUCCAAUAAAAAAGAAAUUAGAUCGACAAGUUGCAAUGUUCUUUCACCGCAAAUUACUGCUCGGCGAUUCCAACGUUCUCUGGAUUGCUUCGGUUCGUAAAAAAUUUUGCACUUUAAAAUUAACGAUCGUAAAUAAUCCUUUGUACUUUGACUUUAUACGUUAUUUCAAAUAUACAUAAAUGUAAUUCUUAUAAAAAAAAGAAAACACACUUUUUUAUUUAUGAUCCCUAUGUAACGAGACCCGCGCAACACGGUAAGGCGAAUAGUAUAAUGACAAAUAGAAAUAGAUUCAUGCGGCUAAAGUAAACUAGAAAAACCGCAAGCGUUCAUAACGUUUACCAGCUGUCCGACCGGUGGCAUUUCCGUCCUGAGAUUGAACCACGUAAUAAUAAGUAUGGCAGUAAACGUCGCGGCGCAAUCACGCUGCGCGAGGUCUUACCAAAUCAGAUAUCUGAAAUGUCUCAGUCACGGAAUUAUAUCGCGAUUCUCACGUCGCGCACUAAUAUAUUUCGCAUGAAAACGGUCGACCCGAUAAUCCCGCGCAUUAUACGCAGAAAUUUGUAUCUCGCGCGGAGAACAAUUAUUUGUUGGAGUCAACAAAACCGAAAGUGUCGCAACUUUUUGUGACUCGAUAACCCAACGCGUGUCGAAAAGUAGGAAAAGAUACGAUUAUGAAGAUUAGUUCCAACGCGUAAUCCACUUAACGCCAUGAAAAUGUAGUUUGUGGAAGAAGUAGAAAUAUUUUAACUUCAUACGCUUACAUGUUGAGAGAGCGCAAUUUCCCAUGCGAUAAAUAUUAACACUUUAAUGGCCGCUCACACAACAUGUGUGUGAUGUUACCGCCGAAAAUUUUUGGCCAGUACCACACCCUCUGUGUGAUGAUUUAUGAAUGUAAACAAGAAUUAUUUCGUGAAUUUUAAUAUAGUUUUUUUAUAUUAAUUCUUCAAAAAUAUUGCCUCUGGCGACGUUUGACUGCGUAGACGUGCGGCCAUUAAAGUGUUAAUAAGGUAACGCAAGGACCACCUAAUUUAUUGUCAAUCUGAUGUGUCUUGAUAUUUUUGUUGUAUCUUGAUGUUUUCGUUCCAGCAUGUACGUAAUAAAUUGGUGACUUUAACAAGUAAUAAACAAAUUUUGAAAACAA